AUGUCUGCUAUAAUGAAUUUUGCCGCGCAUAUAGAAUCCUCUAAUGGAACAAAAACUGGUACAUUAAAUCCUCUAUAUAUUGUUGUUGAUAUUUUUUUAAUUGCAUCUAUUAUUUUGGGUUUUGUAUUCUGUAUUUCAUUUAUUCUUAUCGCUGCUUUACAUCGUUCCUGUCGUUCUGUAUUAGCACUUUUAUCCUCGAAUUCGUGUUUGGCUGGUCUCAUAUUUAGUAGUGUUCAAUUGAGUAAUGCUAUAUUAUUAUUACGUGAAGAUAUACUAUUAACACCAGUUCGAUCACAUUAUUGUCAAGUGCGUAGCUAUUUAAUGUAUGUUAGUGGAAGUCUACUGUAUUAUUCUUAUAGUGCUCAAAGUAUAAGUCGAUUAUUUUAUGUUGUUUUUUAUAAACAAAAAUUUUUAUUAACAUAUCGUGUACACUAUGGUUUGAUUGCCAUUCAAUGGAUACUCGGAUUUCUGUUACCAUUAUCAAUUCUUACAACUGGACGCGUUCAAUAUCAGUUAGAAACAAGUCAAUGUUUCAUUAAAAUUAGAAAUGUUAGUCAAACACUUUAUGGUAUGAUAUCGAUGUUUCUUUUGCCCAUGACGGUAAUCUCAAUUUGUUACCUCUAUAUUGUAUGUUAUGUUCGCUCAGCUGUGGCAAGGGUUAAAAGGUCCAAUGCAUUACCGAUUAAAAAUUUUAAUUUAAUUCGUGAGCAAGGUGCAAUUCAUAUUAAACAACGUUUUUCAAGUUCACGUGAUGUUAAAGUAUUUCGUCAUAUUAUUAUUCUGAUUACAGUACUUUGUAUCGGUGGUUUUCCAUAUUCACUUUUAAUGCUUAUGAAUACAAAAAGUAUUGCACCAUUUUCAAUUUACCGUGUUUGCAUCACAAUAUUUAGUUUAAGUGUAACGGCUGAUAUGGGUGCCAUUCUGUUCUUCAAUAAAAAUGUAAGAACUAUAUUUUUCAAUGUUUUACAAGGUCAAUUUCGUACAAAUCGUGUGACAACAACUAUAAUUCGAUAG